CUUCAAAUACUACAAAUUAAACACUUUUCAUACUAUUAGUAUCAAUGGCUUCUCUUCAAGUUCUUCUCUUCUUCCUAAUCUUUCCCUUUUUCCAUUUACUUCAAGAUGUCAAUUCAGCCACAUUUAGAAUCGUAAACGAUUGCAGCUACACAGUUUGGCCAGGCAUUUUAUCGAGCGCUGGGACUGCACCACUUUCCACGACCGGUUUCGCUCUGCAGCCCGGCGAAUCCAACUCCCUCGAUGUGCCCACGUCGUGGUCCGGCCGACUCUGGGGAAGGACCCUCUGCGCCACCGACCCCACCGGGAAAUUCUCUUGCGUGACCGGCGACUGCGGCUCAUCCACCGUGGAAUGCAGCGGCGCGGGAGCUCUGCCUCCAGCGACUCUAGCAGAGUUCACCCUCAACGGCGCCGGGGGACUAGAUUUCUACGAUGUGAGUUUGGUGGACGGUUACAACCUGGCGAUGGUAGUGGCGCCGGAGGGGGAAGGCGCCGGAGGGAACUGUACGACGACGGGGUGUAUGGUGGACUUGAAUCCCGGGUGUCCGUCGGAGCUGAAGGUGUCGUCGUCGGCGUCGGCGGGUGGCGAGGAGAGCGUGGCGUGUAAGAGCGCAUGCGAGGCGUUUGGGGAGCCGCAGUUCUGCUGCAGUGGGGCGUAUGCGACUCCGGACACUUGUAAGCCGAGCUCAUAUUCUCUCUUCUUCAAAAAUGCGUGCCCUAAAGCUUACAGCUACGCCUAUGACGAUGGAACCAGCACAUUCACCUGCGCUUCCGCCAAUUACGUCAUCACUUUCUGCCCUUCCCCCUCGACAAGUGUGAAGUCUUCGAACGGGAAUUAUCCCGAGGCGGUGGAGGUGUCGGCCGGGUAUCCCAAAACGACAUCGUAUCUCGUUGGAUUUGGUGUCACUACCGUUUGGGCGGCUAUUUGGCGGUUCGGCAGCUAUUUUGACCGGCGGUUAAAUUGAGUGGGCCCGGCCCAGAGCUGUGAUCUGAAUCUGGACCCAUAUACGGACAAUGACUGGGGCCCACUUUUAUUUUUACUAUUGGUUACAACUUGUUACUAGGACGGCCCAAUGGUCAGAAAGAGAAACUAGAAUCACUUUUGUCUUAUCUUCAAGUUGUGUGAGAACAAAUUUGGGAACCAGUUUCAAGAGCAGCAAAUUAAAUAGUAGAAAGAAAGUUAGAAUUAUUUUUGGUUUGAUUUUUAAAAUUAGAAAUUAGUGUAAAAAAAAAAAGAGUACCCAUUUGGAAUCUAAAUAUUAAUAUAGUUUGGUUGGGUGCAUUUUUUUUUUCUGUGUAUUUUUUGGUUCAGUCAAUUAAGGUAAUAGUAUAUUAUAAAAUUUAAUAGUAA